AAAAAAAAAAAAAGAAAAUAUAUAUAUUUUUUUUAUUUAAUAAACAGUAUAAGAUAAUAGGAAACGCUCAUACAUAGUAACUUAUCAUAAUAAAAUCGAUUUGUCGUUCAUUCGAAUUUAUUCUUAGACGAUAGGCAAUCUUCUAUGAAAGGUGAUUUACGCAAGGCCAGGAUAUUAAAACUGCUUUGUAAAAGUAGGUCACCUAGGAAGUAUAAUUUCCCCUAAUUUUACACAAAUUAUUUCCAGAUACCUCAUGAAGGGUAAAAGACAAAUUUAUCCGAGGCCACUGAAUGUGUCUCGUUAGCUGAUAUAAAAAUAAAGUGAUCCCUUUGACGAAACAAAAAAAAAAAAAAAAAAAAAAAGAAAAAAGAUUACACUCGAAAGAUUAUUUAGAUAGGCGUUAUCAAAGAAUAGAGUAUACUUCUUUAUCUGUAACAUAACAAUCUUUUAAACCAAUAAAUAACGAAGAAGAUAAAAGAAAGAAAAAAAAAAAGAAUCAAUACCACUGCAUAACGAGAGGAGAAAGAGUCUGUCGAUAAUAUCGGAAUCUACUAAUAUCUCACAAUUUGAAUUCCCCGCCGUAACAAUAUUAUUAACUUCGCAAUAAUUUCGAAUUGGAACGGAAAAAAAGGAACGUAUAUGGAUUUUUUACUUCAGAAUAUAAAUACAAAUUUGUCAUUGGAUAGAAGAAACAUAAGAAGAGAUAAAUAAGGAAAGUAUACGAAUGAUACGCAUAAAAAAAGUUGCGUAAAAUGAGCUAUCCUAAACGACCGACGGAGUAAUCCUUUUAUUUCACAGCAGCGCCACGCCCGACACUGCCCUCUAAACUACAUAGUCCGUGAAGUAUGUUUAUUACCGACAAUACGAAAUUGGCUGAAGUGGUAGACGAAAAUGGUUAAUUGUCAGGCUCGUUAGUGCAGCAGGUGAGCGAUCAAUUAUUACGAAAAUCGGCGUGUUAUUUGUUCUCGGAAUGUACAGUACGAUUGACCCUUUCAAAGUCUCGUGUAAAACAAAAACGGAGUUUCCUUUGGACAUUAUCGCCAUAGAUUCAUGGCAUGUAUCAUUGAAAUCACCUUUUCGAGACCGUUUGGUCUAUUCGUUCCCACCACCCCCUCCCCUACCACUAAUCUAACAAAAGAAUUUUUAAUUUCUUUCAUGGCGAUAUUAAAGCUACCUCCAUUAUACGUCUUUACACGUUCGCGCACAAACUCACCUAAAAUAUCGAUAAUUUCGUGAGCAUCGUUGAAAAGAAACAAUACGCGCUAACCUCGGGACACAUCAGCAAGACGUAGAUUAAUUUAUUACGUCCAUUCAGAAAACAUACGUCCUCUCUCGUUGUUCCUCGCACACAUACAGACACGUACAAACGCGCGCGCGCACGCAACGCAACACAGGCGUGCUCGCGCGCGCGCUGACGAACACAUACCUACAUACAUACAAAACAUAACACACACCACAUAUAUCACAUGCACGUAUUAACAUCGUGUCUUCUGUUCGUCGCGUGGAAAAAGUGACAUGCAUGAUAAAUUUCGAUAUACUCCAGUAUGUGCGUUUGUAUUGGAGCACCAGACAGUAUAGAUGUGUGGCAGGUGCAAUGUUGCAUCCCCCUGAUGCGCGCGACUACGUUUAUAUAGUAGCUCUAAUGUCAUACCGAAGGCUACUUCUUAGUAAUUCACAAAGGGUUCACUCUUCCGUGAAGUACAGUAUAUGGGUACUUUCCAGGCGAUACCUAGCACGUACCUUGCUAGAAAAAUAUUUGUAAAGACUUGGUGGAACGAGAGCAUGGCUUCUGGUGCAUCAUCCUUAGGUAGCGCUGGAGGUAGUGAUGGAGCAAUAAAUAUGGAAAGGGACAAUGGAGGCUACGGGAGCGUUGGAAAUCCUGUUGGGAGUACUGAAUGUCGUACCGAUUAUGAGGGCUUACAAGCUCAGUGUGAUAAAGCAAUGCAUCAGCUUAAGUUACUUAGGCAUAAGCACUCCGAUACUGUUAGACGGUGUGAACAUACUAUGAAAGAAUUGGAGUAUUAUCGUGGACAACAUAUAGCAGUCAUGAAUCAGUUAGAAGCGACGUCCCAAGAAAGCUCUGCUCUCCGUGGAAAGUAUGGAGAUCUGGUAAAUGACAAACAAAGACUGGACAGAGAAGUGCAAGCAUUACAGAAAGAAGUGUCGGAAUUGAGAUGUCAAAAUCAAGAAGCUCUUGUUUCUGACAGCAACAAUGGAGAUAUGAAUCAGCAUUAUUUAUCUGCGCUUAGAAGAUAUGAAGCCAUCAAGGACGAAUAUGACUCGCUUAGAAAGCGAUAUGAUGAUUUAAUAGCAUCUCAUUCCUCUGUUGUUAACAAGUUGGAAUUAUCGCAAGAAGAAGCUGCAAGAUUGAAGAAACAAUAUGAUGAAAUUCUCCAAGAACGUAACACUGCCGUACGUGAGCGUAAUGGAUUGAAACAACAAUGUACCGCUGCCAUAAGGCAGUGGGACAUCGCGUUGAGGGAGAGGAAUGAAUAUAGAGAAGCCCUUGCUAAAAUGCAGCAGCAACAUGAAGAAGCAGUAAAGGAAAUUAAUCAAGCCAUGGUGUUACGUAUGAAAACAAGCAAAGAUAUUAAGCGGCUUACGGAAGAAAGGAAUGCAGCAUUACAAGAAUAUAGUUUAAUUAUGGGUGAAAGAGAUACCGUACACAAGGAGAUGGAGAAACUUGGCGAUGAUCUGACCCAAUCUUUUACUAAAAUCACACAUUUAGAAAAUCAAAAUAAACAACUUGUUGACGAAAAAAAGACGCUGUCCUAUCAGAUAGAAACAUUAAGGAGAGAAAUAUCAUCUGCUCUUCAAGACAGAGACGAGUCUUUAAAGCAAUGUAAUGAAUUACGUCAAAAGUUCGGUGAUUAUUCCGAAGGUGCGAACAGAGAUUACAAGAAUCGUUUGGAGUUGCAUUCUUAUAAUCGAGAACGAGACAAUGCAAAUAAAGAAGCCGAACGUGAAACAAAUAAUGGAGAUGCUAAGAGAGAGAAAGAACGUAUGGACAAUAUAGAUCAAGCCAAUUUAGAAUUAGACAAGCUUAGAAAAUCUGUAGAAACAUUGCAAGCCGAACUCGAAGAAGCAAUACAAGAAGCAGAAGUAUCCAAACGAAGAAGAGAUUGGGCAUUUAGCGAGAGAGAUAAAAUAGUACUGGAGAGAGAAAGUAUAAGAACUUUAUGCGAUAGAUUAAGGAAGGAACGUGAUCGUGCUGUUUCGGAAUUGGCAGGUGCUUUGCGUGAUUCUGAUGAUAUAAAAAAACAACGAAACGAGGCUUCGAGAGAGUUGAAAGAUUUAAAGGAGAAGCUAGAGUCUGGCGACGCAUUGAGAGCAAGUGUCUUUGGGCAAGGUCUUGCGCAUGGUCACGACAACACUAUCGAUGCGGAACCUAACGAGUGGGAAGUACUUACUAUCCAUAUGGAUUUGAGCAGACUCGUGGAUACUGAUCGUGAUCUGGGGAUAAUGUUAGUGGGGGGGCGUGAUAAUCCAUAUUACCCUAAUGAUACGGGUGUUUAUGUAGCACAAGUUACACAAGGAAGUACGGCUGACGGCAAAUUGAGAGUAAACGAUUGCAUCAUACGUGUGAACAACGUUGAUUGUGCCUCGGUAUCUUCAAGAAUGAUAUUAGAAACGCUACGUUCUUGUGCCGUAAGUCCGACCACGUUGACUAUAAGAAGACGAAGAUUAAGUAGAAGAUCGUUGAGGACUAUACAGCUACCUGUCGGCUCUAUCCCACAUGGAAUUGCUUUAGAGCUUGGUAUAUACAUAUCAAAAAUAUCACCUGGUAGCUCAGCUGCUAAAGAUGGAAAUUUGGCUGUUGGCGACAGAGUCUUGAAUAUCAAUAGCAAACCAAUGGAAGGAAUAAAUUCGGCGCAUGAGGCAAUGACUAUCUUAAACGACAAUACAACGGAUGUAUUAACGAUCACUACGCUUAAAGGAAUUCCUUUAUCUUCUGCUACCAGUUCGGAAACGAUGCCAAUCAGUGGCAGUUUUGCAUCGGAAAAGCAAAAGAUGGUAAAUAGUUGUUCGCAAACCGAACAUGAAAGAUUUAUGUUGAAAACAACGUCGGACGACUCUGAUAGAAGAUAUAUUGGCUCGAACUUCGGAGACAGAAGUGUUUAUAAAGUUUCGAAAUCUGUUAGCGGGGAAAAGCCAAGUGGGAUAAGUAAUGCUUGGGAUAAUAUAAGAGAAAAGAUCGAUUUCGUGAGAGGCCGAAAACCUAGUAAGGAUCGGGAUGAUAAGAAGAAGAGACAUCCCAAUUCAAGUCCAAAUACAUUCGAACAGGAACAGGAUGCAAUAGCGGAACUUGAUUCGGUUAUAGAGAGUUAUCACAAGAAAACAACUAAUGGUGUACUCAAACGAAGUAAACGUCGUGGGACAGAGAAAAUGGAGAAAAAUGGUGGUACAUGGCCCAAGGCUAGAGGUGGGCCACUAAUACAAAAUGGUACCGGUACGAUAUUACAUCCACGUAAAACGAAGGAAAGGCUACCACUGAGCGUACUUCUAAAUCAUCCGCCAAACAAAUCGGGACAACUCUUUGGUCAGAAGUCCUUCACGCCAGCAGUACAAUUCAAGGAUAUUACGAUAGAUAAGAAAGUGACGAUCGAGAUAGAGAAUACCGAUAACAGGCUUAGCUCGACUUUGGCGCCAUCCGAGACAAGUAUCGAUGUCUCUGUAAAAUCUGGAAAUAUUGGUCGAGAUAUGGAUUACUUCGCUAAAAAGAAAGCACAGAAGUACGCUAUGAGUAACGAUAGCCAGGUAGAAACGUUGCAACAUAAUAGAGCGCACUCUCAACUCUAUUCGGGAAUUGGGUCAUCAACUUCGUCCACUAGUGGACCUAGACAACAACUAGCUGGUAAUUUCUCUUUUCCCCCCUACACGCAUUUGCAUCCGCAUCCACACCAGCAGAACUCUUUACCCUCAAGAUAUCCAUCACCACCGUCAUUGCCGUCUGCACAAUCCGGAGAGUCUAUAGGACUUCCCGAUGCACGAUCCUACUGUUUCGAACCUCCGUAUAGUCCGGGCCCGCAAACGGGUUUUGGUCAUUUGCACACACCCUCCGUAGAUUUGCAUUACCACAAACCUCGUGCUCCACCGGUCGGCAUGGCAUACGAUGUGCCAGCAUAUACUCAUGGAUACGAAGGUGGUACAUUUCCAAGAAAAAAAGAAAAUCAACGUUUUCGUAUACCGUCCAAUCCUAGUGUUACAUCAAAAAACAGUGUUGGCAAACUUUCGACUGGAAGUAUAGAAAGAACUUCAGAGAGAGGCAGUCCAAUGCCAACUUUUCACGUGGAGGUUCUCAGUCCUGGAACGGGUAAUGGUAGUAAUACCGGAGGAACCAUCAGGGGAGGCAGCAAUAGCAAGAGAUCGAGUAUGCCAGAUUAUUGUUAUUCCCAACCUCGACCAGCUCCUGGUGAACUACGUAGAGUUCAUAUAGACAAAUCGGUUGAGCCAUUAGGCAUACAAAUUUCUUGUUUGGAAAGUGGAGGAGUUUUCGUUUCCACCGUCAGUGAACAUAGCUUGGCGUCUCAAGUUGGUCUUCAAAUCGGUGAUCAACUAUUAGAAGUAUGUGGAAUUAAUAUGAGGAGUGCUACUUAUCAACUAGCUGCCAACGUUUUACGCCAGUGUGGUAAUUCCAUAACGAUGUUGGUGCAGUACAGUCCAGACAAGUACAACGAACUUGAAGGAUCAGCAUCCUCUAGUUCUUCGGAAGCUGGUGGUGGAGAAGGUGGCACCAGAAGUGGCUCACCUACACCAUGUAACAGUCCAGAAGUUCCAAGGAAAACGACGAUCGAACCUUUGGAAAAUACCGAACCUGAACGUGACACUACUACCACUACUACUACUUUAUUGAGUGUAAAACGUGCAGAACGAGAUAUCAGAAAUUCUGCUUCGUUGGAAGUUAGGUCUACGCAAGAAAGAGAACGUGAAAUCAGAAAUUCAGCAUCUUUGGAUAUCAAUAUAAGAAAACCUGAAUUACGUAGUUCGGCUACUCUCGACAAUAUGCGCAAUUCUGCAACUCUUGACACUUUACGCGUAACUGGCAGCACACUAACACGUGCACAACUUAAUCAGGCUGCGACAACAUUGCAGAGACAAAAUGCAACCGUAAGGAGCCCGACGCAAGAAGAACAAAAUCGUAAAAGUCCAACUCCAGGUGAACCAAGAUAUUUAUUCAUUGAAACUAGGAAGUGUUCUAACUUAGGUAUAUCGCUCGUGGGAGGCAACGGCGUUGGUAUAUUCGUUCAUUCCGUGCAGCCUGGCUGUUUGGCAGAAGAAGCUGGCUUACGUACUGGUGAUAGAAUUUUGGAAUAUAAUGGUGUAGAUCUGAAACAAGCAACCGCUGAACAAGCCGCACUCGAAUUAGCAAGACCAGCGGAUAAAGUGACCUUAAUAGCUCAAUAUUUACCACAGCGAUAUAACGAAGUCAAGGAUAAACCUGGUGAUAGUUUUUACAUUAAGGCGAUGUUUGAUCGAGUCGGUGAAGUGGGAGAUAGUCUGCAACUUCAUUUCAACAAAGAUGAUAUUUUGUAUGUGGAUAAUACUAUGUUUAAUGGUACACCUGGUCAUUGGAGAGCUUGGUUGGUCGAUCAAACUGGAAGGCGACAAACUUGUGGUAUAAUCCCAAGCAAAUUCAAAGUCGAAGAAGAAUUACUCUUGCGUCGGUCCUUAGGAGAUAUAGAAACGGAUGCUGGUAGACGUGGUACAACGAGUGCACGUAGGAGCUUCUUCCGGCGAAAGAAACAUCAACGUUCGUCCAGUAGAGAUAGUAAAGAAUUAUCUCAUAUUACUGGAGUAAAUAUGGGCUGGUAUAGCGACAGUGGAACAUUGAACGAGGAAAGCCUUCCAGCUAGUUAUCAGCGUGUCGAAAGACUCGAUUAUCCAGCUUUGAGACCUGUACUGAUAAUUGGUCCUCUGAGCGAAUGCGUUGUGACAAAAUUAUUACAAGAAUUUCCUGGACAAUUCACAAGAUGUCUUGCAGAAGCUAUGCAUUGUUCUCAAGCGACACUCGAACAAGGCUUAAGAGAUUCCCUUUACGUAGACUACAGGAAGAAAGGAAGUUAUUUCGAAUGUACUACUGUUCAAGCUGUCAAAGAUAUUUGCGAGAAGAGCACACAUUGUAUCUUGGAUAUAUCAAUCGCCUCUAUUGAACGACUUCAUAGACAUCAGAUCUAUCCAAUAGUCUUAUUGAUCAAAUUUAAAAGUACUAAGCAAAUAAAGGAGGUAAAAGACUCAAGGUAUCCUAGCGAUAAAGUCAGCGCUAAGGCUGCUAAAGAAAUGUACGAGCAAGCGCUUAAGUUAGAAGCUGAAUAUAGGCAUUUUAUUUCUGCUGUCAUUCCAGCAGGGGUGAACGUUGCCUAUAUAUGCACACAAGUCAAGGGAGCCGUCGAUGAUGAACAAAGUAAGGCACUUUGGGUUCCACGAGGACUUCCCUGACAUCAGAGGGGGGGUCCCCGUAAACCACAGUGGAAGUCAAUAUAAUUCCACCAGGGGGCCCUUACGUCGUGCAUGCUUAAAAAAUUAUGCCUUCAAACAUUUUUAUUUUUGGUCCUUUAUCAAAAAAGAUACAUACAUAUUUUUUGAAACUCGUUCUCAAAGAUUUUCUCUUAUCGGUCCCAUGUUUGUGUUCCAUGCAUUAAUAUUACAUUGACAAUGGAAAAAGUAUCAUAAUUUAUUUAUAUGUUCUUUCCGUUUACUUUCACAUACGGAAUACAAAAAAAAUGAUCUCAUAAUAACAUCACGCACAGUUUUAUAUGUACAUAAAUUAUAACUGUGCAUAUUACUUUUUAAUAGAAGUUAUAAAAAUAAUGAAAUUAUAUGAUGGGACAUUUUUUUUUUUUAAUUCAUUACCUUUGAGUUCUGGUUGAUUUAAAAAUAUAUUGGAAAGAUCGAUUUAAAGAUGCAUUGAAAUGAUUGAUUAGAAAUUGUAUUGAAAGGAUUCAUUAGAAAUUAUAUUUUUGAAAUCUUAUCAGACCAUUGAUAGGCGAAAUUUAAUAUCCGUCGUAUCGUGGCCCGCUGAUGGAUGAAUAUCGAUCAGACACACAAUCGUUUAGUUAAAAAAUCAACUGCUGUCGUGCUUGCACCCUUUGUUAUAAACUCUUCAAACCAAUUUUAAUAUCUGGAAUAGGGAAGAUUGAUUGAAAAAUGAACUUUUAUAGUUCAUGGUAAGGCUGUACAAACAACAUGAUUUAUUUUAUAUUGAGAAAGAGAUACUUAUUUGUAUAUAAUUUAUCUAAACAAGAUUACAUAAUAUUUUCUUAUUAAGUAUUAGUUAAUAAACGAAAAGUAGUAUUAGAUUAUAUUUUAAAUAAUAUUUAUAUGUGUACACAUACACACAUAUCUUUAUUAGUUUAUUAUUUACAUACAUGUUGUUAAGUACGUGUUGUUACUGAGUUGGUUUGAAGAGUUCAAAGUUGUAAAUUGUUAAAGCAAGGAAUUGAUAGUAGUAAAAACAGAGUAAAUGGAAUUGAAACGAUACUCAGUUCCUGCUAUCGAAUUGUAAAUAACUCGUAGGGAACAAUAGGCAUUGGUUAUAGAAAUGAACAGCAUAUUAAAACUCCUUCGUCACUUUUUAAAUAAUUGCAAAAAUUAAAGAAUUAUUUAAACGUAAUCGUUAAAUUGUCAAAAUGUUAUAAAUUUUUAAAUCGUGUAUUAUUCUUAUUGGACGAAAAGACAUUUUAUUUUUCUAAA